AAACCGCGCCUCCCUUUAGCCUGCUGUGAUGGAAACUUUUCCGGGCUCGCCUGUCAACCCGUGACACCACCAGGCAAGAUGGCGGCCCCCUGAUAUGGUAACUGAGAAAAUCUGUAAGAUGGACUUGAACAUCCUUUUGGCUCCUGGGUUGACCCUACAGGAAGGAUCAGAGAGACCAGUGAGAUUGUCACUGACCAGGCAGAAGAACCUGAUCCUGUGUGGCCUGCUUCCUAAUGGGUCUCUACAACUUACCACGCUUCCUGUGGGAGGCAUCUCCAGCUAUCAUACUCGCCUCGAUGGACCCUUCAUUCAGUUCCUUUGGGAGGAUACAGACGGCUGUGAGGAUGUUCUGGAUCGAGGUCCCCGACUCCUUACUCUGCACCAGGACAACAAGAUCACUGUGUAUGAGACAUAUAGUACAGACAGACACACAGAACUGAGCACCCUUUAUUGCUGUGAUGAGGAUACACUGAAACACCUUUGUGCUGAUAAACAUGUGUGUGUCUCCUCAACAUGCACAGUCCGGCUCCUGUCCCUGAAGGGCGACCACAUCCUUUUGCUUUUAAGUAGUUCUAUUCUGCUUCAUCUUUGUUGUACUGGAAAAGAUCAAAAGCUGCAAGUUCUUUCCUGCUUCUCUCUAGACCUGGACCCAGAAGCUACUUUGCGCAUUUCAGAUGUGUGUCUGAGAAGCGGGAUCUUGUUUCUGCUUGACAGCUCUGGGUUUGUGUAUGUUUAUGAUACAUUAGACGGAUUACAUUUGAGUGACUUGGAACUUCCACUGAGAUCAGAGGAGGGGGCAUCAGACCCUUUGAGCAGCCUACGUAUUUCCCCUGACCUGAGUCUAGCCGUUGUGUCUUCUGCCAGUUGCUGGGCCCUCCCUAUGUGUCUGGGUGAAGGCUUUAGGCAGAAUUUAGGAGACCCUAAGCCUGACUGGCAUGAUGAUCACAUUCGGGAUGCACCUGGCACUGAUGAGGAUGACAUAAGUAGCAGUAACCUGAACCUGUGUCUAAUUGGACAUAGCUUCCGCACAGAUAGGUCUUGGGAUGCCACACUUACAUCACUGUACCAGAGGACCAGGAAUGAUGUAGACACCAUUCUGUCUCAGAUGUCCUAUUUCUCACUCCCCAGACAACGUUCGCGAGAGCGUCUCAGUGCAUCACCAGUGGGGCAGGGCUGGGUGAGGAUUCUUCAGGAGUUUACAGAUAGUCCUGCAAAUAUGCAGACCUGGUCUGUGUCUCCUUUUAGUGCUAUGUUUUGUACAUGGGGAAUGAACAGUGGUCUCACUGUAAUACGAUGGGACCUGGAGACCCAGAGAAUCACUUUCCAUCACUUGGGGAAGGCUUCUUGUGUGGACUGUAUGCAGGAGGACGCAAUGCUCGUAAUUACAGAUCAAGGCCUUUCCCUGGUACUGUUUUCUGCAUCCCAGAAUGAGUUCCUGACUAGACUGAUGAUUCAUGGCAGCGCAAGUACUGCGGACACCCUAUGUCAUCUAAAUAACUGGGGCCGUUGUUCUGUACCUAUUCAUGCAUUGGAGGCUGGCUUAGAAAACAGACAGUUGGAUACAGUUAAUUUUUUCUUAAAAAGCAAAGAAAGUAUUCUAACCCCUUUAAUCUCCAGGGACUCAAGUGGUAGCAUCCAAUCAGAGAGCUAUCUGCAUCAUGUGCAAGAACUUCUCCCUGCUCUCGACCUGCUUUUAUCCUACAUCCGAGAUACAGACCAGGAGACUCAAAGUAAACAUUUCUCAGAACAAUUGCUGCAGCUGACUCUGCACUUUGUGCAUGAACAGCUACAAAAGCUUUGCUCCCUUCUAUCAGAAACAGAUUCCUCACUGCGUCAUAGUGUUGGGAUUCUGACGGGUUAUAUCACGGAAUUGCGUCCCUUCAUGAAAAAAUUUGUACAGCAGCCACAGGCUGUAGAGAUCCCUACAGCCUCUCCCUUUGAAAUAGUUCUGAGAGGAAACCACAGGUGGAAAAAUAUGUCUGUGGAGCACAUUAUAUCUGAUGCCAUCCUGGAAAAUCGUAUUCCUGAGGCUCAGACGUUCCUUCGUUUACAGAACCACCCUACUGCCAGCUUGACAUGGAUUAAACAACAGGGUUUGCGUCUGGUUUACAAGAGCCUUUUGGAGACACGUGUACAGGACGCAUGUAAACUUCUCCAGAACAUGGGUUUUUCUGUAUUUAGCGAACUUCAUCGUAUCUGUUUACACACAUGUGAUCGGGGGAUCCGGACCAUGCUGGUUGAUCUCCUAGAGACAAAGGGGUAUUUAUCAGAGCAUGAGCAGGAAGAGAUCGGCACUGUGUGCCGAGUGGAGGAAUUGUACUUUGCCAAUAACAAGAUCACUGAGAAGAAGCAGAAGCAUCGGCGACCAGCAUGGAAUGUUCGUCGUGUGUCCAAGGAGCAGGCGAUUUUACAGGAAGCUUUAACAGAUUUGGGGGAUGAGUCACAAACCCUGCUUUUACACUGGGCUAAGGGCUGGGAUUCAAAAAUCCAGGAAUCAAUCGUUUUACCACAGAGGGAUGAUCAGGGACAUUCCUCUCAUCCUGAUAUUCUUUGGCGCCACCUCACAUUGUGGCACACGUGGCCAAAGAUCAGAUUAUGGAUUGAGAAUUCUGGUGCAAAAAGUGAGAAUGAGGACAAUAAGUCUACUCACUGGCCCCCAUUAACCCCAACACUAGUGGAAGAACACACCCUUUGCUGUGACUAUACACAACAGAAAAUCCUGGACCUACUAGCAAGUGUUGGAGUCUUUGUACCAUCUGAGAUAAAGGAUUUUGAAAGACAUAUUGAGCGGUUGGCAGUUAGCAGGGGGCUUAUGCCACUGAAUCAUCAUCGUCUACAGAGCUGUGACUCUGAAGAUACGGAGCAUCAUACCCAGUUUGUGCAGUUGUGUGCAGACCGUUAUCUACACUACCUGCUGUACACUUACCUAGAUUAUCACAGAUUGCACCCUGAGAUUUGUCCUAUUCUGGCCAAUACUGCUCUUCAUGAAACUAAGCCCUGGUUUGGAUUUUUGGUUCAAAUGAGACAAAUUGAAGCAAACCCAGAGGAUUACAAACAGAUGUUUUAUGCCAGUCUAUCCAAUUCCCACAUGGUAAUGCCAGGGUACCAGCCUAGUGUGAGUAACAUGUUGUUGGAGGGGCAUACUCUACUUGCUCUCGCAACGAAUAUGUAUGCACCAGGUGGUAUUGAUAAGGUAUUAGAGCAGCGUGAUGAGACAGCCCCCUGUAACAGGAAUGUGGACCCCCAGCUUCUGAAGAUGGCUUUGGCUCCAUACCCCAAGCUCAAGGCAGCUCUCUUUAGUCAGCACCCAUCUUCCUCAGGACCUAUCCCCUCUGACAUCUCCCUAUAUCAUCUCUUGCAGUCUCUGACCCCAUUCCAUCCAACGCGUUUCUUCACCUGGCAGAUUGCAAACACUUUAGUUUCAGGAGACAACAGAUUGGAGCUUCCACACUGCUCUUGUCCAUGGUUGGUGAACAAAAUAUCAGCUAGAGAGUAUCUAGAUGUCUGGUUCCUACUGCGCAGUGGGCGGCCAGCAGUUGCUUUUGCAACAUUUGUGGUUCAGCAGCUCAUGAAAAGCAAAGCACCCCAACUUCUAAUUCAACAGACUGCUGAUGAAGUAUACUCCUUGGCGCUGUCAUGUUUCCACGUCUCCUCAGUAGUUGCUUCCUGUGUCAUCUUCCUUGAGUUACUUGGUCUUAGCAGCCACAAACUCCGUAUAGAUGUGAACAUUGCAAACUUGAUCUUGAACCACAAAGAAUUUAUGCAGGAGGAUGUGAUACAUGGGUGUCAAACACAAUCAUUGGCCCAGAAACUGUCCAGGCUGGUAGACAAUGAGGCAGAGGCAGCAAGAGAUCUUCUUUUGACCCUGGAGGAAGCAACUCUAGAGAGAGAAAAAGAAAAUGGCUCAAGUCUUUUCACUUCCUUGUGGAUUCCUGUCCUGCAGUUCUGUCUUCUGCACUCUAUUCCCCUGAGCACCACAUAUCUGAGGAACUGUGCUCAGAACCAGGACUGGCUGCAGUUGCUUGUGUACACUCACACUCAGGAGCAGGUUGCUUCUGUCCUUGAAGAUUUGGAACCAGCAUUGAGAAGCCACAUGGCUUUGGCUUUACAGAAUGUACCCCCAGACUCUCAGCUUGAUGGCAUUAUUACAAGCAGUGAUUUGGAUCCUUACAGUCUGCAUCACGUGUUACUCCAGUGUCAAAAAAUGGAGCAGCCGGAAUUAGCUCUCUUGAAAGUGUGUGUGAGAUACAGAGUUCCACUGCUAAGUGUGCUGGCUGCUUGCUUGCAACAAGAUACAGAUUGUGUUUCCUGCCUGUGUGCAUGGAUUGUCACCUCUGUGGAUCCUGUGACCUACGCGGAAAUCACACACUCAUUAUCGGCUUCUUCAGAACAUCAGUGGGACUUGAAAGAUCUAACAUGUAUCUGGGGCAUGCUACUUGAGAAGGAGGACAGCAGAACCCUUCACAAAGCAUUUAGCAUUUUUAUUGAGGACUGCCCUCUACUGCUUCUACUUGAUGUGUAUCUGCUGUGUUUGCAACAAAAAAAUUACGAGAUGGCCAAGCAGAAGAUGCAAGAUUUUCUGAGCACUUUUUUGAGUCUUAAGUCUGAGGAGGCCUCUUUCUCUUCAUUCCCUUCAGUCAGCUGGAUACAAGAUCGGGCAUCUCAGCUUCUACGAUUUCUCCUUGUGCAGAGUAAGACGCUGUACGAGUUAAGAAAAGUAUUGCAGCUUUUUUGUGAAACUGAAAGCCAGCACAUAUCUGGAGACACAGAUGUUCAUAAACUGAGUGUCCUCACUCAGUUACUGCAGGAUCACCCUAUCUGCAUCAGCAAGGACCUACUGUGUGAGUACAGUCCUUCUGCAUUGCACAGCGAGUGCCAGCGGCUGGUGCAGAUACUACAAAAUGGCGGGCACUUCUCCUUAGCACGGAAAGUAGCAGAACUUGGAGAGCUGCAGACAGACAACCUGGUAGUUGAAGAGGUGCUGCAAGACCAGCGUCUCCUGCAGGAGAUUGGACAGUGGCAGAGUAUACAGAGCCGAGCGCAAUACUGGAGGAAAUGUCACCAGAUGUUUAACAACAACGAUUUAUCCUCAGAGGUAGCAUCAGACUUUUUCCUCUCUCAGGCUAGUGGCUCCUCAUCAUCUGGGACCUUAGAUGGAGAAGAAGCUGAGGAUAUGGCAGAAAAGGAACUGCUGCUAACCCUUGCUGGGCACUGGUUAUCUCUCAGUGAUUCUGUACAGUUGAAGUCGUUGGAAGAGCUGGAGCAGCAAAUCUGGAAAUGCCGUAUUUUACAAAGGGUUAGAAGUAGGACUGGUGGGAGAAUAUGUCACCCCUGCUUCUCUCACCUCAGUGUCACUAUUCCUUCUUUUACUAAUCUUGCCUCACAAUUCUCUUUUUCUUCUCUGCCUGUACUAAACCCUCCAGCACUUCUUGAUGUCUCCAGUCUGCCCCCACUCCAUGGCACAAGUGGGAUGCUGGAUACAGAGGAAUCCUCAGCACUGAGCUCCCUAAUAGACCAACUUCUAGAUGAGAGCCGUGUGCAUGAGGCAAGCAGGGUGUGUAGAUACUUUCAGCUGCCCCAUCAUGAUCUAUGGUUGGUUCUGAACUGCAGGAGUCUAGCAACAGGGGAGACAGCGCAAGAUCAGCUACAUCCAGAUAUACAAGCCAUUCUUAAAGGAAAUAGAGAAAUGCAAGAGAAUAUACUGAACCGGAGAAAACGGCUUCACAGCUCCUCCAGCCUGGAAAGUAGAUCUUCCCAACUACCCACUGAUCGUGUUCUCACAGACCUGGAGAUUCUGAAGAAUGAGUGCACUCAUGGAAAGACUUUCUGUCGACAACUGCUGUGUGUGUAUGAGCUGAGUCAGGAUUUAGGAUGUUCAUUCUCAGAGGUAUCCUCUCGAGAUGCAGGAGAUAUUCUACGGUCUCUGCUUUCUUGUCAUCGCCAUGAGCUUAGUGACAGAGCACAAGCAGUCAUCAGCUCACAUUCAAUUCCCCCACAUACAGUAGCACAGAUUGUGUCUGAGGAAGGAUUAAAAAGCUGGAUGACACUGGGUGAAGACAAAGGACUAGCCGAGAUGAAUAAUAUUUCUGAGAUGAGAAAUAACUUCUUGCAGCUUGCAAAGCUUUGCCCAGAUCCAACUCUGGUUGGUUUAACACUGUUGGACCAUUUGGAGAGUGUACCCCUUACCAAUCUGCAGUGCAUAAUUGAACUUUUGAUAUCUGCCCACGAUUGCUUUAGUCUAACUUGCCACAUGGAAGGUAUUCGCCGUGUUCUGCAGGCUUGUCGCCACCUAACUGAGAUGCAUUUGGCACCCAACCAAGAAUACAGACUUAUGGUUCGGCUGCUUUCUGGCAUUGGUCGGUAUAAUGACAUGGUUUACGUGUUUGAUAUUCUGCACAAAAACCAGCACUUUGAAGCUCUGUUGAGGAAACAGCUUGAUACAAAAGGGGGCCUACAAACUGCACUCCUGGAGUACAUUAAGCGCUGUCACCCAGGGGAUAGUGAGAAGCACAACAUGACAGCACUAUGCUUCAGUUUACACCGUGACAUUGGCCACAAUCAUGAGCAUGCUGCACUUAUCCAACUUAGACUUAUACAGUCUCAGCCCUGGGAAUACUGGUUAUCUGAAAUGGCUGAGUUGAGGUCUGCUAUAAUGAAAGCAUUGACUCUUCUGAUUGAUGCAGCAGAGAGCUACUCAAAGGAUUCUUGUGUACGCCAGUCUUUGCGCUGUGCCCGUCUCACCCGCCUCCUGACACUUCAGCUUCAUCUGUUGAACAGUGGCCACCAAACCAGGCUCAUUAAUCUGGAUAGAGAGAGUCUGGUGGAACCCCUUGUUGCUUUGCCACGUUUCUACCAAGCUGUAAUUGUAACUGAAGCCUAUGACCUACUCCCAGACUGGGCUGAGAUUCUAUAUAAAAAGGUCAUUAUUGGAGGUGAUUUUCAUUAUCUAGAAGAGUUCAAACAACGUCGGCUACUGCAGGGAGGAAUAUUUGAGCAGAUAUCGCAAAGGUGUAAGUUGCAGCCUCCAGGAACUACUGGACUCCAGAAUCUAAAGCGAUUGAUUGGUUAUUGUGAGAACACAUAUAUGCGUUACAAACUGGCCCUUGAGAAUCAGUUCUAUGACAUUACUGAUGUUCUUAUGAGAGACUCUCAGACACGCUGCUGUCUUACGGAUAUGCUUUCUCGCUAGGAUAAACUGAUAUUGUGACACUAGGACUCCCAGUGAUAUCUCUGGUCCAGCAUCGGGGUUGUAAAAUAUAUUUGUAUUUUACCAUUUAUGAAUAUUUAUAGCCAACGAGAACAAAAAGCACUUUUCAAAGUUUGAGACUGUAGACUGGUAUUGCAUAUGUCUUUUACCAGACCAAUAAACAGUUCUUUGAUGCCUUACAGAAUCCUAAACAUCUUCAUCAAGCCAUCUUAAAAAUCUUUUAUAGAGGACUGGGGCAGGAGGGACAUUUCUGUUCUUAAAAUGGUCAAUGAUGGAUCACUAAAUCGGCAACAUUUGUACAAAUAACCUGUGUCUGUACAUGUCUGCUGAUUAAAGAUAUUUGUUUAUAUUA